AUGGCUAUCUCGAUUCCAAGCGUAUCUCCCACGGACAGAAGAGUCAUCGCUAUCGUCAUUGAUGCGCUAGACGAAUGUGAUGGAGAAGCAAACGUGAAGCGACUCCUUAACAUCUUGACCCAGACAAAAGUUGCGUCGAAUGUCAAAAUCAGGGUUUUCAUCACUAGUCGACCCGAGCUUCAUAUCCGACUCGGCUUCCGCUCUGUCUCCGGCAACUACGAAGACUUGGUCCUUCACGAGAUCCCAGAGGAUGUCAUUCGAAGAGAUAUCAAGGCAUUCUAUAUAGAAAAUCUCAACACAAUACGAGAGGAGUACAAUCUAUCCAUCAACGAUGACCGAAGGCUUGCAGACACAUGGCCCGGUGACGAAAACAUCAAAGCUCUUGUCAAGAAAGCCGUUCCAUUGUUCAUUUUCGCAGCAACUGUGUGUCGCUUCAUCUCUCAGCGUAGAAGCGCGAGUCCUGAUACGCAGCUUCAAAAAGUGUUAGCCUUUGAGACAAAGAGCCAUGAAUCAAAAAUGAAUCCUACCUACCUACCAUGA